UCGCCGACUGCAGCUCCAGCCGCCGCCCGCGCCUCUCCGGCCUCUGCAGCCCCGCCGCCUCCAGCACCAUGGCCAGCACCGUGUCCGCCUACAAGGAGAAGAUGAAGGAGCUGUCCGUGCUGUCGCUCAUCUGCUCCUGCUUCUACUCACAGCCGCACCCCAACACCAUCUACCAGUAUGGGGACAUGGAGGUGAAACAGCUGGAUAAGAGGGCCUCUGGCCAGAGUUUCGAGGUCAUCCUCAAGUCCCCUUCUGACCUGUCGCCCGAGAGCCCUGUGCUCUCCUCCCCCCCCAAGAGGAAGGACACCUCCCUGGAGGAGCUGCAGAAGCGGCUGGAGGCAGCUGAGGAGCGGAGGAAGACGCAGGAGGCGCAGGUGCUGAAGCAGCUGGCGGAGCGGCGCGAGCACGAGCGCGAGGUGCUGCACAAGGCGCUGGAGGAGAACAACAACUUCAGCCGCCUGGCGGAGGAGAAGCUCAACUACAAGAUGGAGCUCAGCAAGGAGAUCCGCGAGGCGCACCUGGCGGCGCUGCGCGAGCGGCUGCGCGAGAAGGAGCUGCACGCGGCCGAGGUGCGCAGGAACAAGGAGCAGCGAGAGGAGAUGUCGGGCUAAGGGGCUUUGGACGCCGCAGCGCCUGGAUCCUGAGCCGACACAAGAACAUGUUCGGGUUUUGGUUUUGUUUUGUUCAACUCUGUCUAGAUGCAACUCUUGUUCCCGCUCCUCCUUUCCUGUCCCCCCGCACCCCCAGCUUCAUGCUUCUCUUUCCGCACUCUGAGCUGUCCAGUCCUGUGGCAGUCGCUGACCACAGGCUCUCCCUGGAGGAGCCCCCUGGGCGCCACUGGCACAGGGUCCCUCACUCAGUUCGGGCAGCAGGCCGGGUGGUGGCUCGGUCCCCUCUUGGCAGUCCUCUUAGUGGAUAUGAGGGUGACCAGGGGUGGUGGCAGGAACACUCGGGUCCUUAUGUUGGGUUGUCCUGUGAGCACCUUAUCACUUAGGGCACCUCCAAGCAAAAGCACCACCACCUGCAGGCCCUCUGGUGGGGUGGAGCUCCGCACAGGAGGGGAGGAGGAAGAGUGAGACCGUGAUGGACCUCGGGCACUGUGGGGCCGGGUCAUCCUGCCAAGGUGGCCAGCCCCAGGAGCAUGUGUGCAGUGGGCCUUUGUGGGCGGGAAGGCUGCAGCACCUGUUAGUGUGAUAGCACGGGGCCCUCUGAGACCACCUGGCCUGUGAUGGACACCCUGGGCUGGCCUGGGAGACUGGUCACUGCCUGUGGCUGGAGUGGCGGCGGUAUGGGCUGUGAUCUGGACUGAGUCUUCAGGGGAGUGGGCUUUUCCACCAGGGACCCAAGAGUAGGCUGCUGUGGCAGAGAGGGUUGUGGGCAGCAUGUCACCCCUGCUGGCCCUCCUUCCAAGAGCCUCCAGCAGAGCACCGGUGGGGAAGCCCAGCUGCUGUCCCACCCUCCUCUCCUCCCUGGAGCUUUGCAGACCUGUCCUUAGAGCCCUUUGGCGUCUUGGUCCCUUCCCAUGCCCACCCACAAUGCUCCUGGCCAUGGGGCUGUCAGGCUCUCCUCCAGCCAUGGGAGUGGCAGCCACAGGAGCCCCUAGCAGACAGCAGGGGGCAGGGGGCAGGGUUCCCAAGCCUCCUCCCCACCUGGUCCAUCCUUGGCAUUCCUGGCCAGUGCCUCCCUCUGGCCAGCCUACAGGUUGGAGGUCUGGCUCUAGGCCUCUCCCACCAAGACCCUCCUGGACUGGAUUCCUUCCCCUCCCUCAGCCUGGCCUUUGAGGACUGCCACUGGCCUGGACAUGGGGAUUGUGCGGUCUUUGACCCACCAUCCUCCCCUUCUCCAUGGCAGUCCCACCCCUCAGAUGGGUACUGGUGGCAGGGUCCCUGCUGACCGUCCUCUUGGUGGAGAGCAUGAGGGGACAGACAACAAGUCCUUGCAGGACCUAGAGUCACGCCUCAGAAACCAGGUGGUUGCAGCCCCCAGUGCCCAGCUUUCAUCCUGCAGAAACCAAUGGCGGCCCAGCCAGGGAGUGGGGUGGAUGCUGAUCCCCUGUGGACUUAGGGGGAAGUAGGGACCCACGCCCCCUCCCUGUCCCCACUAAGAUAGCCUCUGGCCGGAGUGGAACCCAGCAGUGCCCACCGCAGCUCUGGUGGGACGCGGAAGGAACGCGGAAAGGGAGCGGAGGGCUGGGUUCUGUUAGCCGUGCAGCUCUCAUCGCGGAAGCCUAGUGUAAAUGCACCCAUCUCAUCCCGUAGUGAAAGUGAACUUAAAAACUAAAUCAAACGAACAAUUAAAGACAAAGAAAAACCUGUGUGUUUAAGAAACAGGGGCACUGUCCCAGUGUGUGUCCUGCGUCUGUGGGGUGGGGACUGGGCUGCGAGGCCACGGCCUGUGUGAGGGAGCGGGA